AUGAAAAGUUUACAAGAGUUAUCGAAAAUUACUCUCAUGAGGAAUUUAUCAUCGAUUGAAGACAUUGGUUGUACGCCGUUCCGAUUAAUCGAAGAUGUGCUUGAUAAGAUGAAUAAAGAGCAAUUGAUACGAUUAGAGGAGAAGAAUGUGUUUCUUGUGUUGGAGGAUGAUAAGAUAUGGUUAAAAUUUCUCAAGUUGGAUUUCCCGACGAGUGUGCAUGUUAGCUAUGUUUCCAGGAAGGAGAUCAUUUACAAUCAAUAUCUUGAUUUCAUUCGUAAAUUUGAUGAAAUACUGUUAAAUGAACGACGUCAAUUAGUGUCUAUAUAUUUGAAGGCAUUGGUUAAUAAGGACCCAAAGAAAAUGAAAUUCAGAAUACCGUAUCGAAUAUUAUACUUCAAGUAUCAGAAUGAUGAGAUGAGGAAGCAGCAAAAGACAGCUGAGAAAUUAAGAUUACAAAUGCAACAGAUAAAGGAUGAGAGAGAACGGAAUAAGACGGUUAGUGUGGAUUCCGUGUAUUUACAAAAGGGUAGAGGAGUGAAGACAUUUGUUCAUAACAAAAGUGCAUUUAGAAAGAAUUAUCAUUCUAAAAUGUUCAAUGAGGCCAUGAGGGGUGCACCAUCAAGAAUACAGCGACCUACAGUGCAGCCGUCAAGACCAGCUAUUACAAGAAGGGCUUUUGGUGGUGGAUCGCCAGUGCCAGCGCCAGCGCCAGUGCCAUUGGUUGCCAAUCCUGCUCCUGUGGAUACGACAACCAUGCAACAAGAUGAGCCUCCCAUAAAGCCUCCAGUAGAAACGAAGACUCGUCAAGUGUCACCUGUCAAGAAACGACGGGUCGAGAGUACAAGCAUCUUCCUAACAAAGAAGAAGCCCCUACGAAAAGCAUCCACAAGAGGACCCCGACCCGACCCAUCAUCAUUAUCAUCAUCAUCAUUGUCACCACCACCACCCUCUAUGACCCAAUUAUCCAGCACCAGCAAGAAGAAGAAGUCGUUGAACGACUACAUUCAAAUGAAGAAGACAGAUACUCAUUGA